GCGGUCGCAAAAGUUUUGCCGCGAAAAUAGUAGCGUGGUCGGCAUUUUGUGAGUGUGGUGUAAAGACUAAAGAAAGCAGUUUAAUCGGUAUUUUUUUUAUUAUUAUUUAAGUUAGUUACUUGCGCUUAAAGUAAAGCAAAAUGUCUGGAUUUGACGAUCCCGGAGUUUAUUAUAGCGACAGCUUCGGCGGAGGAGAAGGAGUCGGGGAUGAAGGCUCCGUGAAACGCAGUCAGAUCAAAAAGCGCUUUCGGGAGUUCCUGAGACAAUUCAGGGUCGGCACUGAUCGCACCGGAUUUACCUACAAAUACAGAGAUGAGCUGAAGAGGCAUUACACUCUUGGAGAGUACUGGAUCGAGGUCGAGAUGGAGGACUUGGCCAGUUUUGAUGAGGAUCUCUCAGAUUGCCUGUAUAAGCUGCCCACGGAGAACCUGCCCCUGCUAGAAGAGGCGGCACAGGAAGUUGCUGAUGAGGUCACGCGUCCGAGGCCGGUAGGGGAGGAGACGGUUCAGGACAUCCAGGUGAUGGUGAAGAGUGAUGCUCAUCCUGCGUCUAUUCGCAGUCUGAAGUCUGAGCAAGUGUCCCGUCUGGUAAAGAUCCCUGGCAUCAUCAUCUCCUCCUCAGCAGUGAGGGCAAAAGCCACAAGAAUAUGCCUGCAGUGCAGAGGAUGUCGUGCUGUCAUCAGUAACAUUCCUCUGCCACCCGGACUACAGGGCUACGCUUUGCCCCGCAAGUGCAACACUGAGCAAGCGGGUCGUGUGAAGUGUCCUGUGGAUCCUUACUUCAUCAUCCCAGACCGGUGCGUGUGUGUGGACUUCCAGACCCUGCGUCUGCAGGAGUCGCCCGAUGCUGUGCCUCAUGGAGAGAUGCCGCGACACAUGCAGCUCUACUGCGACCGAUACCUGUGUGACCGUGUUGUGCCUGGGAACCGAGUGACCAUCAUGGGCAUCUAUUCCAUUAAGAAAGUGGCUCAAUCUAAGACCAAAGGUCGGGAUAAAGGGGCUGGAGUGGGCAUCCGUGCGGCCUACCUGCGUGUAGUGGGUAUUCAAGUGGACACAGAGGGAGCAGGUCGAGGAGCCACUGGAUCAGUAACCCCUCAGGAGGAGGAGGAGUUAAGGGGACUUGCCUCUUCCCCCUCAGUCUAUGACUCUAUCGCUCGCUCUCUAGCUCCCUCCAUCUAUGGCAGUGACGAUCUUAAGAAGGCCAUUGCUUGCCUCCUAUUUGGUGGCUCCAGAAAGAGAUUGCCUGAUGGUCUUACCCGAAGAGGUGAUAUUAACCUGCUGAUGCUUGGAGACCCUGGCACAGCCAAGUCUCAGCUGCUGAAGUUUGUGGAGAGAUGUUCUCCUAUCGGGGUUUACACCUCAGGAAAGGGCAGCAGUGCUGCUGGUCUAACGGCGUCUGUCCUCCGAGACCCAAACACACGUGGCUUUAUCAUGGAGGGCGGAGCUAUGGUCCUGGCUGAUGGUGGAGUUGUGUGCAUUGAUGAGUUUGACAAGAUGAGAGAAGAUGACAGAGUUGCUAUCCAUGAAGCGAUGGAGCAGCAGACUAUUUCCAUUGCCAAGGCUGGCAUCACAACCACCCUGAACUCCAGAUGUUCUGUGCUGGCGGCUGCCAACUCGGUGUUCGGUAGAUGGGACGACACGAAGGGCGAGGACAACAUCGAUUUCAUGCCCACCAUCUUGUCCCGUUUUGACAUGAUAUUUAUCAUCAAGGACCAGCACGACCAGCAGAGAGACAUGACACUGGCUCGUCAUGUGAUGAACGUGCACCUCAGCGCUCAGACACAGACGGAGGGGGUGGAAGGAGAGAUUCCUUUGGCCAUGUUGAAGAAAUACAUUGCUUAUGCCAGAGCGAAAUGUGGUCCUCGUCUGUCUGCCGCUGCCGCAGAGAAGCUGAAGAACCGCUAUGUUGUGAUGCGGAGUGGUGCGCGGGAGCAUGAGCGAGAAAGCGAUCGCAGAGCGUCCAUCCCCAUCACUGUCAGGCAGUUGGAGGCAGUCGUACGCAUUGCCGAGUCCCUGGCAAAGAUGAAGCUGCAAGCAAUAGCUGGAGAAGAGGAGGUGGAUGAGGCUCUUCGACUUUUCCAGGUGUCUACUCUGGAUGCUGCGUUGUCUGGUAGCCUGUCAGGUGUGGAAGGCUUCACCACCCAGGAGGAUCAGGAAAUGAUCUCUCGCAUUGAGAAGCAGUUAAAGAGGCGUUUUGCCAUUGGAUCUCAGGUAUCCGAGCACAGCAUUGUUCAGGACUUCACCAAACAGAAAUACCCAGAGCAUGCCAUAUACAAGGUCCUUCAUCUGAUGCUAAGGAGAGGAGAACUGCAGCAUCGCAUGCAGAGGAAGGUGCUCUACAGGGUCAAGUAGAUGAGGACUGCUUGUUUAUGUAUAUUUCCAUUUAAAAUAAAAAAAAAAAAACAUAAAAAUAAAUUUAAGGCAAUGCCGUAAUUUGUAAAUAGUUCAGACAGUGUCCCAUAUGCACUCUUCUUACUUUGAACAUCAGACUGUUGGAUAUUUUGUAGUGUAAAUCAUAAUGUUUAAGACUGUUUAAACCUAGCUGUGGCACAAAUGCUACACUGUGUGCAUUAGUGUUUUUCCUUCAGACUCCUGUGCAAAAUAAUGCUGUUAAAACCCCAGCUCUGAGGGUGAUAUUCAGUGAUAUUGUCAUAGUUAUGUUUAAAAAAAAGUGAAAAAUAAAAUAAAAGCAUUUGUGAAAUGUUA